AUGGAUGACCAUAAUAAUGAUGACAAGAACGAAAAUGAGAACGUGAUAGAUGAUCACGAUGGGGAUGGUUGUCAGAUGACUAGAGAUGAACAUAUGAGGGAAGAUCAUCUGGAUGUGAAUGAUAAAGAAGAUGACGAGGGGGAAAACAGUGUUCAGGCUCAUAAUACAACUGAUCAUGUUGAAAUUAAAAUGGAAGCGGAGAACAGUGAAGAAGAAACCGAAAUGGAAGAAGAAACAGAGAAAGAGGUGAAUGAAGAUACCGAGGACGCGUAUAGGGAGGAUAUUGAUGUUGAGACUUGUGAGGACGAGGAUACGGAGGAUAUUGACGUUGAGGCUUGCGAUGAGAACGAGAUAUAG